GAGUUUUUACUUUGCCCGACAAGAUGCACCUCAUGUACCACCUCGGCGCCGACGGCAAGCGCGUGUACUCGCUCAAGAAGGAAGACCCGAGCGGCAAGCCGACGCACUCGGCCCACCCGGCGCGCUUCUCGCCCGACGACAAGUUCUCCAAGGAGCGCAUCACGACCAAGAAGCGCUACAACCUCCUCCCGACGCAGUCGCCGGACCCGCUGUACCAGUAAGCAAGUAGUAGAGGCAUCCUAACGACGCACAAUCCAUUAUUUUAUGUCCUUUUAGCACGAUUACUACCUA